AUGCAGCUGACAGCUUUUUAUUACCCAAAACUGGCACUGCAAAGAUGUGAGCAUGGAACGGAGGAAGAAAGAAUGCUGCUCAUCUCAUCUGGCUUGCUUGAGGUCCUGACUUGGGUAGCACUGUGUGUCGAUCGGCUAUGGGAAGAUGACCAAGCUGCCCUCAAGGAGCUUGGUGGCCCCGCCAUGGAGAUGCUGCUGCAGAGGCUGCGGGAUUCGGCGAGCGAUGCCGAAGACCUGCUGGACGAGCUGGACUACUUCCGCAUCCACGACGAGCUCCGCGGCACAUAUCAUGCUGCCGACAAGCAUAAUAAGGGUUACAUUCGUGACCUCGCCCUCAACGCUCGCCACACCGCCAAAGCUGUUGGCAAUCUGGUCAGCUGUUGCCCUUGGCAGUGCGCUAAGCACCGGCAGAGGUCACACUGUGGUUCCUCCUCAGCGCAAGAUACCAACCAGGACGUCAACGGAUGCAUGCCCAAGCUCGGUAAACUCCUCCCUUUCGCAUCUUCCUCGCGUCCACAUGUUGGUGAUCACGAUCAUGGCAAUGCGCAAGAAACACCAAAACUUGAGUUUAAUAGGGUUGAGUCCUCUCAAAAGAUGAAGGGCAUUGUAGAGAAACUGCAGCGUAUGCGCAAUGAGGUUAACACGAUUCUGCACGGUUGUGGCCCUAGAAAUGCCCCAAACAUUACCCAGAGUCAUCCCAUCACCACAGGUCGAAUUGAUGAGCCAAAACUGUACGGGAGGGAUUGUGUCAUAAAUAGCAUCAUACAUGACAUCACCAAGGGUCAAUACUGUGACAAGGGUCUGAGUGUGCUUCCGGUUAUUGGUCCAGGGGGGAUGGGGAAGACAACUCUGGUACAACAUAUAUAUCGCAACCAACAAGUGCAAAAUCAUUUCCCAGUCAAGAUUUGGAUAUGUGUGUCGCUCGAUUUCAAUCUGGAUAAGGUGCUAGAACAGAUUAAAAGAUCUAUCCCUCGAGUUAGAAGUGAAAAAGAGUGCAGUACAACAGAGGAGUUGAUUGAACGAAGAUUAAAAUCUAAAAGGUUCUUACUUGUAUUGGAUGAUAUAUGGCGGAUCAGUAAUGGGGAUGACUGGGGAAAAUUAUUGUCAAUACUCAAGAAAUCAGAAGAAAAGGGUUCAAUGAUUCUGGUCACAACUCGUUUUCAAGCAAUAUCAGAGGAAGUCAAAACAAUUGACCAUUCAGUAGAACUGAAUGGCUUAGAGUGUGAAGAUUUUAGGAAGUUAUUCUUUGCAUUUGUCUUUGGCAAUGAGCAAUGUGGAAAAGAUAAACAAUUUUUGCUUGAGACUGGAGAUAAGAUAAUGGAAAAACUAAAAGGCUCCCCUCUUGCAGCAAAAACGGUUGGUAGAUUACUGAGUAAACACCAUACUUUGGGGCAUUGGAAAAGGGUCCUAAAAAGUAAAGAAUGGGAGACUAGUAACAAUGGAAUUAUGCCUGCCUUGAAGCUUAGCUAUGAUUUUCUCCCUUUCCAUCUGCAACAAUGUUUUUCCUAUUCUGCAUUGUUUCCCGAGGACUACCAUUUCACAAGCCAUGAGCUCAUCAACCUGUGGGUUGGACUAGAUAUUUUGAUAUCUAGUGAUCAAAACAAAACAUUUGAAGAUAUAGGUUUGAGCAAUUUAAAUGAGUUAGUCAUCCAUGGAUUUUUCAGGGAAGAGAAGACUUAUGGUGAUAUGCGGUAUGUUAUGCAUGACCUACUGCAUGAUUUGGCAUUGAAGGUUACAUCACAUGAUUGUCUUAGUUCACGUCUCCCUGAUGUUGGAUCAAUGGAGAUUCUGCCAACCACCCGUCACUUGUCUAUAACCAUAGAUGACUUAGGUAAAUAUGAUGCAGCUUUUGCUAAAAAAUUAAAGAUUCAAUUGGAAGAAAUAAAGACAAGAUUCAAGGUUGAACAUUUGCAAACAUUGAUGUUAUUUGGAAAAAUGGAUGAAGAUUUUGUCAAGAUAUUUGGUGAAUUUUGGGGGGAAUUGAUCACUCUUCGUAUUCUUCAUUUGCCCAUCAUGCUUUGUCCUAUGGAGUCCAUGUUACGUAACUUUUCAAGACUUGUCCACCUACGAUACCUAUGUCUAGGGACAUAUGAGAGCCAGAUGCAUUUACCACUUGGCAUCUCUAAAUUUUAUCAUUUGAGGAUUCUAGAUCUUGAGCUGUGGGGCGGCGGUCGUGAUUUGCCCGAAGACUUGAGCAACCUUGCCAAAUUGUGUCAUUUUUAUGUCCCAAGUGAGCCUGCCUUUCAUCCUGAUAUUUACAAUGUGGGAAAACUUAAACUCUUAGAAGAGCUAAAGGUAUUUCAAGUCAAUAAAAAAAGUGAAGGGUUUGAACCUAAGGAACUAGAGCAUUUGACCAAGCUAAGGGAGCUUGGCAUCUACAACCUUGAGAAGAUAGAUACAGUAGAAGAAGCAGCUCAAGCAAAACUGAUGGAGAAAAAAUACUUGAGGAGUUUAACAUUGCAUUGGGAUAGUGAGCGGCCUAGUGUUGAGCCUAGUAUGGAAGCAGUUGUUCUUGAGAGCCUUCAACCUCAUGGAGAUCUUCAAGUGUUGUGCAUUAGAGGGCAUGGAGGUCAAUGUUGUCCAACAUGGCUAGGUGAUGAGUUUGCUGUUGAAGCUCUACAAUCUCUUUAUAUUUGUGGUGUUUCUUGGGAAGUUUCUCCUUCUUUAGGGAAGGCAUGGGAUCUUCGUGAAUUAAGGUUUGAGGAUAUUGCCAGACUGAAAGAGUUUAUGAUAGAGAAAAGUUUUUGCAUGCUAACAAAGCUCGAAUUCAUUGGCCUAGGAAGUCUUGAAAAUUGGGUUUACCCAGCUGAACAAGAGUCUCCGUCUAGUGGAGAGUUGCUGCCACUGGAUGCUCAUAUGUUCCCUCUUUUGCAAGUUCUGAAAAUUAGGAAUUGCCCGAAAGUGUCGGGGAUGCCUUUCUCAAACCACAUUGUUUCCCCAGAUUGGUUCCCCAAGCUACAAGAGCUUGAGGUACACGACUGUCCCGAAUUCUUGAUGAUUCCCAUCUCCUUGACCGGAAGUUUGUGUUCUGUCAUGAUGCAAUCUGUAAAGAUGCUAAACUGGUUUUUUUACUCAAAAUCAUCUGAUGGAGCACAAUUGCACAUUAUUGGAGAGGGUGAUCUACAUAGCAUAGACCAAGUGUUAGUUUUUGAUAAGGAAACAAGUGUUGAGAAGCUGACGCUCAAGAGGUGCCCACCUCUAGAGUUGAAGCACAUUCUAAUGCUAACCUCGUUGAAGACAUUGAUUGUUGACCAUUCAAAUUGUAAUAGUGGGAAGGAAUUGACAGACCUCCUCCCCCACCUCCCAAAGCUCUCCAAAUUGGAAAUAUGUGGGUGUCAAAACAUAAAAAAGCUGGUAGUGGGGGUGGAUGUGCAACAAACAACACAAGAAGCAGCAGCAGCAGCAGCAGAGGAAGAGGAUGAUGGGGUGUUGCUCUUCCCACCUCAUCUAUGUGACUCACUACGGGAAUUGGAGUUCUCUUUCUGCAGAGAGCUGGUCCUGGUGGACCCGCCAACUCUUGUUCCUGGUGGAGGAGGAUGGCUCCAAGCCUUGCGAUCCCUUCAGAGAUUAACAAUACAGAAUACCCCAAAGUUUCUAUCCACCUUCUCCUUUUCCUAUCACAUUUUCCCUUCCUCCCUGCAGUUUCUGAGGCUUUGGGAUGUGAAAGGCUUGAGGACACUGGAGCCCCUCUCAAACCUCUCCUCUCUCACCAUAUUAGAAUUGUAUUAUUGUGGAGAGGAUUUGAAAUGUGAGGGAUUGCAGUAUCUCCUUACUACCGGGGGUCAGCUCAGUAAAUUAGAAGUGAAUGGCAGCCCUGGUUUCUUUGCUGGUUGGGAUCCCAAUCCAAAACAGGAUUUGGAGGACGAGGAAGUAGAAGAACAACAGACACAGUUUGUUUCAUCCACGCUGCAGGAGCUCUCCACGGAUGAUGCAGCGGGGCUCCUUUCUGCACCCAUAUGCAGCUUCCUCUCUUCCUCCCUCACCAAGCUAGGACUUUAUGGAGAUUGGCCUAGUAAGAUGGAGCGCUUCAGCAAGGAGCAAGAGGAUGCCCUUCAGCGCCUCUCCUCCCUCCAGGAACUUGAUUUUUGUCGUUUCGACGACCUUCAACAACUCCCUGCAGGGCUGCACAACCUUACCAGCCUCAGGAAAUUAGCAAUCUAUUACUGUCCAGCCAUCUCGUCAUUGCCCAAUGAUGGCCUCCCUGAUUCACUGCAAGAGCUAAGUGUCGAAUCCUGCCGCAACGAAGAGCUAAAACAACAGUGCAGGGGGUUAGUGGGAACCAUCCCCAAAAUCAAAUUAAACCGGACUGCAUUGGAGUUCCCUUGUCUACUUGCAACAGAUAAGGAUCUUCACAGGAAUAGCACUGCACCCCUGGAGACAAUUCAGAUAAUAGGGAGCAGUAGCAGUCUGAAGUAUGGAUUGAACUGGGAGAAGGAAGCACUUAAUAGCCUGAAUAUAAAUGCCAUAGGUGGAGCUGACAGGAAUCAA